AUGAAGGGCUUUCUCUUGGUUGUGAACAUCCUGUUGUUACCUUUGCCCUUUUUGGCUGCAGAGGUGCAAAACCAGGAGGAGUCAAGAUGCCUUGAGAAAGAUGAAAGAUGGUUCUGUCAGAAAGCAGUCAAAUAUAUUCCAAAUGAUUAUGUGCUGAAGAGCUAUUAUCGUUAUGAACCAAAUUAUAACCAAUUUAGGGCAGCUGUACCAAUCAAUAAUCCAUACCUAAUUUACCUAUAUCCUGCUAAACAGGUUGCAGUUAGGCCACAUACACAAAUUCCGCAAUGGCAAGUUCCAUCAAAUAUCUACCCAUCUCCAUCAGUACCUCACACAUACCUCAAACCACCAUUUAUUGUCAUUCCCCCAAAGAAAACUCAGGAUAAACCUAUAAUCCCUCCCACCGGCACCGUUGCUUCUAUUGAAGCUACCGUUGAGCCUAAGGUGAACACUGUCGUCAAUGCUGAAGCUUCCUCAGAGUUCAUUGCCACAAAUACACCUGAGGCUACCACAGUCCCAGUUAUUUCACCCCAGAUCUAAAACCACUAAAGAGACAUCAAAGAAAACAACACAGGUAUGUGA